AUGGGAGGAAGAUCCGAAACGACAAAAGAACAUGGGCACGGGUUGCGCAACGGCGUUUUUGACUCCGAAGUUGGAAAAUCGGCGGAUCUCGUUUUGGCGGCAAAACAGCUUCUGGCCGUGUUCAAGCACCUGGAUUCGGAGGGGCGGGAUCGGGAAUCCGCGCACCCCAUCCGCUAUAAGAAUAACAACUGGCUAUUUGGUCGGUUUCAUUCGGCCGUCAUGAGUCGCUUAUGCAACUUCCUUCUCAUUGUCCUCUGCCUCGGCGUCGCCGCCAAUUUAAACGUCAAGGUUUGAGGCAAUUUGUCUUCUUCAAAAAGUCAUGCGUGAGGUCCAAGAUAUAGAUACAAUUUUAUGAAGCUUUUCCACGCGAUUUCAAGAGUGCAAUUAAAACCGAAAAAACUUAUUUAUUACUUUAUUUAUCUCAAUGACUAAAAAAAACCAUUUUCGCUCGAAAAGCUCUACAAACAUGAUUUUUUUAAAAAAUAUUAUUCAUCACCAUACCUCUAAUAGUAAAAGAAAUCGUUUUUUUCGUAACCCCUCAGUCCAAUUUUUUUAGGUUCAUAAAAUGUAUUUCGACAAAAACUAAUGACAUUCGGCUGAUAUUGUGGAUCCAGAGCAAUGACGAAGUGUUCAAAAAAAUGAAGGGGCCUUCAAAAAUAUAAACUCUUUUCCUUUUUCCUUAUUCCAUUUUUUCAUUUGGGCAAUAAAAAUAGUGGAAUAAAUAUAAAAAGAGAGCGAUUACCGAGCUGUUUUGAAUAGUCUCUGGCGGUUUGAAUUGAACUCGCGCCAAGAACUGCGUACACACACGCUACGCGUCCCGCCCCUUGCCCCGACUCUCUCGCCUUUCAAGUCGGGAAGUAUUGACUAUAUGUUCAAACUUGAGAUCUCGUAAAUCGUAUUUGAUCUUGAUCAAACUUUUGUUGGAACAAAACCCAAAUUUAUUUUUUGUAGAAAGAACGAGACACAGAAGUUCGCCAUGAAAAUCGUGUCAAAAGACAGACGGUAAUUUAUAGAGUGAUUAGCCUCCACCAAGGAUCUUUUUAGGAAGAAGACAGACAAAGAGUUCAAUCAAGAGUAGAGAGAGACCUGUGGGAGAUCGAUUACUACAACCAACUGAUGCAGCAGCACAGAAAGGAGAAGCUUCAGAUUGAACAGACGGCCAUUAAAUACAGAGAAGCACGACAGCAACAGCUCAAAGGCUACGUGGAGGCUGGAAGAAAAGCCAAGGUCUUCAUAGAUUCCAAAUAUGAUAUUUUAGUCUAGUCUAGACUUGAAAGGCGAGAUGGGUAGAUUGGCAAGGGAGACGCGUUGCGCACGCGACGCGGAUUUUUGGCGGGAACCUUGAGGUCAAACGCAAUUUUUCCCUGGAAGCCGCGUCGCGUACGCAACGCUUCAUCCUUGGGAAUAAACACACCUUGCCUUCCAAGUCGGGAAGAAUUGACUAUAAAUAAAAGCUAGCUUGAAUGAGACUUUUCAGGCGGACGCCCUGGCCCAGGCUCAAGUUCAAGCUCGUGCUCCAGCCGUCCAGGCUGCUCUUGUACCAAGUCCGACUACACAAGUUCCUCCAACACAAAUCGUCACGAAGAAACUGACCCAAGACAUUUUGGACCAGCUCUUUUUCGGAAGCACCACCACCACUCAGAAACCCCCACCGGUUAGUUCUUUAUUUCAAAUUAUUUUAUUUUACAAUAAGUUUUCACAGCUUUUUCGAAAAUCUCUGCUAGGUGAUCUUGAACGCAUGGAAGAUCUCGAAAAAUUCCGUUGCGAAAAUUAUGUUCAACACACUAUAAUCAGAAGGAAAAACUUUAGGUUGCCUGAAAAAUUCAAAAUGUUCGAAUAAACUAUAAACUGUCUCUAUUUACCUUUUGGGCUUGACAAAUUAGAGACUUGAAAAUAUCACUACUUUAAAAUUUCCAACUGAAGAAACGUCAAGGAGAGAAGUUUUUUGUGGGACUGGAACGCAUACAGCUGUUUCCAAUGACCUCAUGACCUUGUGACGAGGGUAGAUCGAAAAUCGUUCUUAUUUCUUUCAUGUUUUGACUUUUGGUCACUUUUGAACUUAAGAACGACAUGUUCAACUAGUAAAAUAAUAAUAUUUCAGGUACCUCUCCUCCUGUCGGAGAAGCUCUUCAACAAAGUCCAUAAAUUUUUCAAAGCAAAAGAAGCGAUGAAAAUCGAUGAAGAAGAGGAAAUGACCAAGAAGAAGAUUGAAGCCAUCAGAAAGUUGGAACCCACCACUACCACCACCACAACCACGACGACGACUCCAGUCCCGACGACGACCGAGAAGGAGACGUUCGUCGUCGCCAAGUUCGACAGCGAGAUCUAUGAACGUCAUCUGAAGCACUACGAUCGAGUGAUGGUCCCGCUGACGGCCGAGGAAAUGGCCAAGGUCAAGGUUAUCCAGGAGGUCAAAGUAUGAUGACGUUCCUCUCCUUUGUAACACUUUUCCCUUCCCGCCGCAUUGUGUCAUUUCCCGUCGUUGUUUUUGUAUGAAAAUGUAGCAAAAGUAGCAGAGAACAACGUCAUUUUCUUGUUUGUGUAAUGGAAGAAUACUUUCUGACCAAGGACCCUUCAUUGUGUUCUUCAGGUUCGCGAGAAAUUCGCUCCUGCUAUUUAUUCCCCUCCGUCUGCAAAGACGGAGAGAAAUUUUCUCUUUUUUUAUUUAUUUCACGGUUUUUUUGAAUGAAGUUUUUUUAUGAAUCUAAUACUUACAUUGGAUCGAGUUGUUUUUAUUUCCUUGAAGAGAUUUGUUGAUCGAUUAUUUCAUACAGGUUCUGAAUAAAAUUGAUGAAUAAAUGUGAACGGCUUUCAACGAUUCAAGUUCAUAACCUAAAACAGAAAAUAAUUGAACAAAAGUUUAAUGAUUCGACUUUUUCAGUCAAAUCUUCACAAAAGGCUCAAAUUUCCCCGGUUUUCUACAAUUCCACAGAGAGGUGAUUUCAUUUUAAACUUGAAAAUUUCUUGAAACUUCACUGAAUCAAUUAGUAAAAUUCUCAAUAGCUUCAUUUUGCCAAAUUUCCUAGUUUUUGAAAAACAAGGUUCGCAUAACAUGUCUUCUUCAGUAACCUCAUUUAAUUCCAGUCGUGUAAAACAAGCGUCCAAGUCGUUUGAAGUGGUCUUUGAACGGAAAUAUACACGAUAAAAUAUAUAAAGAAUAAAAAAAUUAAAAAAAUAUUUUUCAAAAAUUUUUAUCAUUCCCAAAUGCGUCGCGGUGUAUGCGGUAUUUCCGGACACUGUAUAACAGAAAAAUGGCUAAUUUUUUUAACAGUUUUCUCGAACCCUCCUAAUUUUUCUUAUUUUUCUUAACUUUUUACAAGUCUCAAAUUUUAUAAUCGAAAAGAUAAAUUUUGAGCAAAAAAGUGAAAGCACAGCGAUUUUUCAUUUUAAAAAUAUACUGCAACCUUCCGGCCUUUUCUAUAAUUAUUUUGUGCUGAACCGAAAAAAAUUCAAGACGAGAAUUCGAAUCCAAACUGAGUCAUCCGGCACAAACUACUGUUUUCGAAAACUUUCAAGUUGAGAAAUGAAUUUGAAACCUGUUACACAAAAAGAAAGCCAGACAAACAAUAUCGUCAACCAAUCCUCAUGAAUCAUGAAGCACUUUUCAAAAUCACCUAGAUUUCCACUCAAAACACGAUCACAACGUUGUGAGCAAGUGGAAAAAUACACGAGGAUCAAUAUCAGUUGACUUCUCACGAUUUUUCUAAACAGCUGCGUCAGAAUGACAUCUUUUUUUCCACUUUGACUUGCUCCUUGUUUUUUGUACAACUUUUUCCGCUUCCUGGUACGAUCAAGAUUUGGCUAGAGUUGAGUGGAAACUUGUUGAGAAUGUGAAAACAAAUAGAGAAGUUCUGUUCGUCUAACAUUUUUUGAUCCUAAUUCUUUUAGGUUCUUCUUUUGAGUUCAUCUUUCAAAGUUUAAUUUAGAGCAUCUCUUUUUUUAGCUUUUUCUUAUAAAAAGCUGUAACUUUUUUUAAGUUGUGUUUAAGACCAAUUUUCGUCUCAAAAAAAUGCGAAGAAAAAAAUCUUUUUUUAUUCUUGAUCUCUUUCUCUAGGCUCACCGAAACUUAGCCAAAAAAAUCUGGUUAGCUCUUAUUUCUGCAAAAAAGCCAAUCUAUUACAUUUUUCGGCGCCUGAUCAAAUACGAAAUUGUUUUUCAAGGUCGAUCCAGAUAUCCAAAAAAGGGAAAAGACCGUAUAAAUGGCGAAAUUUGAACUGCGGACAGGUUUUCUCCUGUUUUUAUUGUGAACUUCCUCUUCCAUUUUUUCUCAUAUUGAUUUUUUUUUGGUUCCAGUUGAUUUAAUUGAAGAGUCCAAAAGAUCAAAUGUACAAAGUAACAGAAAAUUAAUAAGAUCUCAAAGAUCAUCUUUUUGGAACCAGCGUCUUGACCAGAGGCAUGAGCACGAGCUCAACGAAACAGUGACCAUUGGCUCUGAGGCAAACUGGUUUUUGGUCGGCUAGUGAUCUCUGGCGAAGGUAACCUCCCUGUUGGGUCAGAGGUUAUGCCAAACAUCAAGAGGUGCCAAAGUCUCGGUAUAAAUGACCGCCGUCUCCACCAACGGAAACCGUUGUUCCGUUGCUCUGGCUCACAUCCCGUCACUCGUUUCUUUCUUGUUUUCCUUUUUUCUUCGUCCAUGUACUCAGGAAAAUAGAUAAUAACUUUUUUCUGGGAUAUAUAAGCUUGAACUUCGUCUUUUCUUCGCUUUUCUUCCUCGUCUUUAAUAUUUCAAGUUUAUUUUACGCGUUUUUAGUUCAUUCACCGCUUACUCAAAAUACUAUUUGGCUUGAAUCUACAUAAUUUGACGCAAUAUGCAAAAAAAGACUCAGACCUAAAUUCUGUCUUUUUUCUCAAGUUGGCGGUGAAUUGAGUUUUUGAUAAAGAUCGAGAAACGGCUCAAUUUUUUAAAUACUUAUUUUUCUCUAUGUUUUUUUGCACUCUUGCCGUCAAAUAUGGUUCUUUCAAUCGCUAACUUUUCAAACCUUUCCAGAAGUCAUGUUCCGGUUAUUCUUCGUUUUCGUCUUCUUGUUCCUGGCCAUUCCAUUAGUUUUAUGUUCAACUGUAUGCAGAGACGGCAUCGACAACGUUAUCAAAAUUGGAUCAAUUGCCAAUGGUUUUUUUUCAAAUUUUCAUUCCUUUUUCCAAUUAUCCCAUUCAGAUCUGCCGGUGAUAGCCAAAAAUAUAACUCUCCUCGCCUACGACUACAACAUGAAGCCGUCUUGUUUCGAAAAAAGAGCCAAUGUCGUUCUUCCAGGCUAUUUCAAAAUUAUAGGAGGUUUUUGGAAUAUUUUAGUCCAUUCUUUUAAAAUUCAUUUUUAAGGAGAAGUCCUUACCAAGAAGGACAUCGACGUCAUCAAGUCUGGAGACGUCAGACUCACCGUCAUCAAAGAGGACGAAUAUGCCUGCAAAGACGGAGAAAGCGUCAUGUUCCCCAUUCCGAACUCUUUAUGGUAAUUUAUCAAUUUCCUAAGGAUACACUUGAUUCUUUCUGGAAAAAUAUAAAAUCAGACUAACCUUAUUUAAACCCAAGGCAGUAACUUCGGGAAUUUAAAACCUGUCCUUUCAAAGUUCGAUAAAUUCCUUGUUUUUUCCGUCACCUUUUCUCGGAACUAAACAUUUGGGCAGGUUAAAACAAACUUUUAGGAUCUCUCUCUCUCUGAUAAAUCAAAGAGUUUUUUGGCAAAUUUUCAGACAACUCCCAAGCGCAGAGUAAUAAUACUUCCCUUGCGUAUAUGAGAAACAAGAAAAAUCUUUAAAAGCGUAACUAUCUUGCCUUUCAGCCACUUCGAAGCGACCACAAUCGUGCCGAUCGACAUCUGCGAAGUGCUCCAGAAAUCAGGCCUUCACACUGUUCGGGAGCUCGAGAUCAAGAAAGGCUUCAACUCGACGUUGGAGCUGCCUCCGUCGCCCAGCGUCCUUGGAAUCUCCCUUCUUAGCCUUCUUUCAGUGAGUUAUGGUCUAUUUUCCAAAAAAAGUAGCUUGUACGACGACAGAAUAGGUCUUUGAAGAAUUGCUUUUACAGCAAGUUAUGAUUUCUAUAUUUCAGGGCAACUAUCAAUUCGUUAUUUCCCUGCACUCUCAAGGAGAAAAAAUGGUCGAAGUCGCUUUCCCGGCAGGUAACACGAAGCUGCAACUCGGCGUUAGCUGA